AUGGACUUUGUCGAAGAGCAACAGGUCUACUAUUCUGGCGGUGCAGGCGGACCUCCUUCAGUCCCUGGUCCUUGGGUAGCCCAGUGGGCCGAGCAGGAGAGUACGUGGAUUUAUAUAAACGAAGAGACCGGCGAACGGAGCUGGGAAGCGCCCUUAGCCGGAGGUCCUGGUGGAUACCAGCAGGAAACCUUCCAGCAGAAUACCUAUGUGGAGGAGACCUACCAGCAAGAUACUUAUGAGCAAGAUACUUACCGGCAAGAUACCUAUGAGCAACAAAAUGAAGGCUUCGCGGAGAGUGCUGCAGCAUGGACUGGCGAGAAGGUCGGCGAAGUCGAGUACGAUGCGCACGAAGUGAAGGAAGACGUGGAGGAUAUCCCCGAGGAUAUCGCUGGUUGGGUAGGAAGGAAAGUGGGAGAUGUCGAGCGGUUUGGUGACGAGGUGGAUGGCGCCUAUGAUGUAGGCAGAGCUGAGGGCAGGGAUGGAUGGUGA